AAUAUCUGGUAUCUUGGCAAUUAGGGUGACCGUGGUAUCUUUACUGUUUAAUCAAGUUAUGAUACAACUAUGGAAACCAUUACUAAGAAAGAAACAAAUGAAAAUGGUAAGAACAAUAAUAUGGAUUUCAUAUAAUAUUUGGAAGUUUAAUACUUCAGUAUAACUGCUUACGUUUAUACUAACGUAAGUGAGUUAGUGACUAAGUGGAACUAAAAAAAAAUUUCAAAUAUUUUUUUAAUCCGAUAGCCGAUAGUCAAUUGAAUUCAUUGCCAAUUGAAUUGAGCCAAUUCAGUUUAUUCAGAUUCAUAUUUAAGUGAGUACUAGUACUGGCAGUCUAGACUUGGUUACUAAGUCACAAGUGACUCACUUAGGGUAGCUUACUUAGACGACUUAGUAAGUUAGUAACUUAGUAAGUGUACUAGCUAAGACUAGUAAGACUAACUUAGUCUCAGAAAAUAUAAGUCAGCAGUAUAACAUUUGCAUCCUUUCAUAAAAAUCAUAUGAAUAUGAACGAAACAUGUCAGCGUCUAACCCCCCCCCCCCUAAACUCUCCCAGCUCCCCCAUGGACCUUGGUCAAUUCUGCAUGUAUUGGUUUGCAGUGUUUCUUUCAAUAUAUAGCCUAGGGACCGUGUUUGUGCAGGGGAGGGGGUUAUUCAGAUAUUGGGUGGGAGGGGACAAGGGGGUUAUUCAGAUAUUGGGUGGGAGGGGGCAAUAUUCCCCCAGGAGUCCCUUUAUUCUUUUUAAGGAGGGGGCAAAAUUUUAAGCUAACUGCAGUUUUUAUCAUGGAGUUGGUGGCAGAUAUUAGGGGUGUGCCGGAGUCCGGUCCGGAAUCCGGUUCCGCCGGAUUUUGCACUAUCCGGUGAAAUCCGGUUCCGCCGGAUUUACAUGUAUCCGGAACAACCGGAUUCCGGAAUCCGGAAUAUACCGGAUUUCGGAAUUUGCCAGAUUUUGUGACUCACCGGAUCAUAAUCUGAAAUAAAAGUAAUUCUCUUUCCCGAAUUCCACACGAUCACGAUACAUUAAUCGAUUGUUUUGAGCGUUGAGCUUGUUUAAUGUUUAAUAUUCAGUACAUACCAGAGGCUAGAGUCAGCACCGCUAAUAGUGGCCAAUAGUGUAGGGACUUUGAUAAGAAAAUUUAAACUUUUUGUAAAAAUAAACCAAUGGCAUAGUUGAAAAGAUGUAAUUUUUUAAAGAAUUAUAACACCAAAAUCAUAUUUUUAGCUGUUGUAGUUUUAAAGUUAUGAAUUUUUAAAGUACGACUUGGUUUGUCAUUUUUUAACAUGGACUGCAUCUCCACAUUCUGUGAUCUCAUUCCGCCAAUCCCGUCAUGCGCAAUGACUAUAUAGUUUAUAUAAGGCAACGCAUUCCCUGCCUUAUCACUAAAAUACUGUUUAGACUUAGUUUAAACUUUCAACUUUGGCACAUGAAUAAUUAAUUAAAGCUUUCCCUGACCAAUGGUUUAAUAGUUUUUGCACACGGCAAACUCUUAUGAAUGAAACUCUGAGGUAGUACUACGAUACAGUUAUGCAAGUGGCUGUGAAUGGUUGCCAAUGACAACGUGUUGCACACGGUAAAUUCUGAUCAUUUAUAAUAUGGAUUCUACCGGGUUGUUAAAGCUCAAAUUAAAACAUUCCAGUUUAAAUGUCUUUAAAUGCAUUCUGAAACACAAGUUAUCAAUUAUUUUGAUGUAAAUAGUGAUAAUAUAUUAAUAUUUCCUAAGUAUCGUCAACUUCCGCCAUUAAAAAGGGGGGCGUGGCCAACCCCAUGGCGAAAUUAGGUUGAGCGAGCUGCAUGACCUGCUGCGAACGCGUAGAAACAUGGCGUCUCUCGUAAGACACAUAUCUAAAUGGAACGGAACUCAAAUAUAUAUCGAAAGUACUAAUUUAAUAAUAAAUAGACACACACAUCGGAAAAUUAAAAACUCGGAUUUUUUGGCGCCGAUUGCGAAUUCCCAUACACAAAAAGUAGUAGUCCACCUUGACUUACCGAAGUAUCUACCAAUAGUACCAAAAUCCGGGAGAAACCCGAAUCCGGAUUAUUCCGGAAUCCGGAUCUGGCGGAUUUCGCAUAAGAAAAUCCGGAUCCGGAUCCGGUUGGAAAAAACGGAUCCGGCACACCCCUAGCAGAUAUCUGCACUAACCCUAGAUAUGACUUUGACCAGUACAUCUAUCAGCGCCACAUUUGGGCAUAUCUAUGACCAGGGCCGGCUGUAACUCCAUCCCCCAGCUUAACAUAAAAUAAAUUAAUUCUCUAAUUUGGCAUUAUUUAUUGCAGUGGCUCUUAACUUUUUUUUUUCUCUUCUGUACCCCUUGAUCAUAUGACAACUCUUAAAAAAACCUUUCUGUAAUAUCUAUAUAAUUUUUUGCAUACCCUCAAGUGGUCCCCCAGAGGUGCAAUUAACAGACAUUUGGAUCCACUGCUUUAGGGUAUACUUUUGGUUCAAGCUAAGUGUUGGAUCUUAAAAUGUGCAUUUUGAUUGGGGAAGUAGGACAGAAAUCGAGGGGGCUGAUGGCCCCAAGUGAGCGUGGGGAGUGGUCUGGUGAGGGUUAAUCAUUCAAGUAGGCACUUCGGUAAAGCAAGGUAGACUCCAACAUUUGUUUGUGAAAUUGUAAAAGACUAUUUUGUUAUAAAAUUUUAUUAACCUUCCGCACAGUAACUGUAGCUCACAUCUUGGCCUACAUUCCUAUCAAUUUAUUUUGCUUUUACAAGGACCCAACUAUUAGAAAAAUCAUAGGUCAAAAUAGGGCAUCUUUCCAUGUUAAGAUUUAGUCAAAACUGAAAAUAUAACCCUUUAAUUUUUUCUAUAUAUAUUCAGUUUACAUUGAUGUACAUUAUUGCCAAUUUUCAAAGGGAAAUGUAUUUUAUGUGAGAGGCUAUGAUUUUUAUUAGUAAGCUGGUGUCAUUUAUGGUCCAUGUAGGGCACUUUCCCAUGUUUUGUUUUAAAAUUCGAGAUUGAAAAUGUACUUGUUUCAUUUUUUUCUAAAUCUAAUCAGAAUCAUUUGAUGUACAUUAGUGCCAAUUUUCAAAGCAAUAUGUAUUUAAUGAGAUGAGCUAUGAUUUUUGUUAGUUUGUAGGAGGGUGCUUGGCUCAACUAUGAUCGGCCUCAACUGUCGCCCCUGCAUUAUGAUGGAAGUUGUUUGUUAUCGCCAUUUAAUAUAUUCUAUUUAUUAAAUUUGAGUUUAGUCUAUUAUAAUUAUAAUAAUUGAAGGUUUAAUCAUAUAUUUCCAACAUAGUUUUAACCGAUGAUAGCCAUAAUAGCAAGGUAUACUACAACUUAAGUUUUAUUGUACCAAAAUAAAAAUUUAUUGUUACAAUUUAUUUUCGAAAUGAAAGUUAUAGUAUAGGAUAAAUCUUGAAAACAAAAACUGUUAAAUGUUAUAAAUAAAACACAGAUUAUAGCAGAUUGAGGAGAACAGUCAAAUAGGGUCACAAAAUGUGGAGGUUCAGUCCAUAAUAAAAAAAAUUACAAACAUGCUCACACUUUAAAAAAAAAUCAUAGCUAUUAAACUACUAAAGCUAGAAAGUUGGUACUGGUUUCAUUAUUUGAAGUUUGCUCUAUACAACUGUAAUGUUUUAAUAAUUGUUUUGGGAACUUACCCAUUUUUUUUACAAUCAAUAAAGAUGUCAAUAGAAACUGACAUGGGUGUUAGGCGGCUUAGGUUUAAAUAAAAAAAGGCCUAGUCCUAUAUUAGUUUACAUUGGCAAAUUAAAUAUAGGGCUGGACACAGAAUGAUAGAUUGAGAUAAAUUAAAGAAAAUGCCAAAUUCAAAUAACUUGAAUUUGAUACAAAUUUUAUAUUCUUUUCAUUAUACUUUUGAAUGGAUGUGUCAUUUUUGCUUUCAGAAAUAAGAACACAUCACAUUGCUGCACUCGGAAUAGGAAUACUCUGUGUUGUCAUUGGGAUACCACUGUGGUGGAAAACAACUGAGGUGUACAGAGUUAGCUUACCUUACUCUGAUAUACAGCAUUUAUCUGAUACCAAGGUACAAAUGGAAUAUGAUUUAAAAGAAAAUCUUCCUCAAUCAAAUAAUUCUUUAAUUUUUUUUUAAAUUAUAAAACUUGUCAGUUUUACUUAUGUUUUCCUUAUGUUAAGUCUUGUUCAUCACCAAAACUAUUAUUUCUUUUGAUGGAAAAUUGCAAAUGUAAUCAUGUGAAACAAAUUACAAUUCUGACUCAAAAGAUUUCAGCAUGAUAUAGGAUACUAUAAAUAACAGACAGAUAAUAUAUUAUGGGUUCAGUUAGAAACUGAAUAUUAUUUCCUGCUACAAAUUAAGUAAAUUAAAAAUAUUUUAUUGAGAAAUCUAAACUCUUUGGAUAUUCUAAUGUGUUACCUCAUUUAUAUUGCCUUUUAAAUAACAUUUACAGCAGAUUUUUUACAAAAUGAAAGCAGUUCUUUCAGCUGCUCAUAAUUGUAUUAUUUUACUUAUGUUACUUAAGAUACUUUCCAAAAAAACCAAAACAUUUUCAGAUUGAAUACCUCAUAGAUGUCGAUGUGAUUUGGGCAACCGAUGUAAAGAAGGAUAGUUUGUUCCUUCCUGACUUAGCUCUAAAUCUUAACAGAUUGUUGGGUAAUAUAUUCAAUAAUUUACAGCUUUUUAUAUUUUCAACAAUUUACAGUUUAAUUAAGUAGUAUACUUUGUUUAGGUACAUUUUAAUAAUAUAGGCUUAUGUGGAUUACUUUUUCAAGAAAUUGUGAUCAGUUUAUGUCAUUAGUAAUAACAUUCAAUUAAAUUGGUUUUGUGAUUAUAAAACCUUAACCCUUUUAUUUCUUAUGGCUGAAAUCAUAUGACGCUUAAAGAAAAUGUAAAAUUUUUCAUUUACUUUUUAUCAGCUAUGAUUCAUAAAUACAAAACAGUGUUGGCUGAGAAGUUUAAAAAAAUCUCCUGAGUGAUUCUGAAUCGAAAUAUGCAGGUUGACAUUGCAUUUUUUUGUAGCUAGUAACACUUGAAUUUCUACUGAUUCCGCAGAGGUGAAGCAGCAUCAAGGAUCUACACUUUUUUCAAUUUUUCGAGUUGCGGUUAGAGAAGCAGAAAAAUCAGAACUCCUGGCAAUAAAAAAAUCUUCAAAUGGUAUGACUUUUAGAACAAAGCUUACUUAAAUUUUUUUUUCUCCAAUUUUACAAUAAGUGUUGAAAAAAGAAGUGAUACAAAUAAAACAUCGGUAUUUUAAUGUUUAAUUGAAAGACGGGUCCUUUUUAUCUUAAUCUAACACUGUUAUACUUAUUGUUCAGAAAUAACUGAUAACGCGACUAAAAUUAUAAAUCUGUAAGUUCAAAUAGUUGCUAUGUGCUCAGUGUUAAACAUCCCUAUAGAUAAGUUUUAAAAUUUUCGUUGUUGAAUUGAUUAGUUGCUGAGCUGAGCGGUGUGCUUGCCUCUGAUAAUGUGAACAAGUACAACAUCAUCAUUACCCAGGAAUCAAGCAUUAUCUCACAGCCAGUUGUUGCUUCAAACAAUAAUGUCUUCUUGCCAUAUAAUAAUGCUGGUAAGGAAACAUUUAAAUAAUAUUAAAACUGAAUAAAUAAUUUCUAUGAUUUCUUGCCAUAUAAUAAUGCACGUAAGGAAACAUUUAAAUAAUAAUAAAACUGGCAAAAAAAUUUCUAGGAAUUCUUCUAAAGCACACAAAUAAGUGUUGUUUUUUAAAAAAAUUAAUUGUGGACAAUGCAAUUCUUAAUCACUGUUUAAUUAAUCUAUUACAAGUUCAACCUCUUUUUUGGGGGGGCAUAAACCCGAUGUAAAGGCCAACUAUUUGUUUGAAAAUAUUCUUUGCAUUUCUAGAUACCAGUGGACUGUCAGCUCAAAUCAAGCACUUGCUCAUGGACAUUAUCAGAGAGUCAGCUGUCUUCAAGAGUUUGGAGGCUGCCCAAGGUCUUAGGGCUCAAAGAGUAUGUCAUUAAAAAAAGUGUUCUAAAAAUGAAAUUAAAAUUAGAGACUUCAGUUAAUUUCUUGAAAGACAAUACAAUUUCUUAACAAAUUUUAAUGAUUUACACCAAAAGUUAAAAUUAUACAAGUCUAAAAUGUCUUUUUAACUUUGCUUUUGGUUCAUUAUUUUCCAACUUGCUGUGUACAUGAAAUUGAUUGUAUAUUUUUCAACUCACACAGCCUGAUAAAGACACCAUGAGAUCUUUCAGAUUCCACCCAGGUUUUGAUAUCACAUUCACACUACUUGUCCCAGAGCCGGAUCAUGUCAGUGUAACAUGGAACAUUGAACACGGGUUGAAAGGUAAGCCAUCCUGGUUCUAAAGAAUUAUCCGUUUUAUAUCAAUAAAGAUGCUUCAUCAUGCUGCUUCACUGGCAGGUGGGGGUAUACUUGGCGAUCUGCCGAAAGGUGUGAGGCCCGCUGAAGAUUAAUGUUGUGGACUUAAGCGUGUCCUUUAAAUCAUCAUCUUUGUCUUUCUCUGGCCCUGAAACUAGAGUGUCUACUGGUGUUGGAUUGAAAUAUAGGUUUUGAUUGACAGGCAUUCUGACCAGAUUGCAAGAGACAAUUAAUUUGCUGUUGUUUAAGUAAAGAAUGUAAAUUUAUUGCUAUAAAUAUUUUAUAUAAAAAAAAAUAUUUAUUAAUUUAAGUGUUCUCUCUCCAUUUUAUUCUUUCAAAUCUUUAAACCAAUAAUGUCUGAGUAUAAAUGACUGUGUUUUAACAAUAUGCUUAUUCAAAAUAAGUUCAGAGAAAUGUUCAAGUACAAAGACCAACAGUAGACUUGUUUUUAUGUCACUGGAACAAUAUGAUUACCAAAGAUUAUAAAACAGAAAGGUGUUGAGCAGCAUUGGUUUUAGUGUCUGCUCUGAUCAUGGACAGCUUUGGCAAAACUAAGUUUGUAAAACUAAGCACGCAGUUAAUUAGAGCUGAGGGGAAAAAAGGAUUAUCUCCAUGAUGCCACAUUGUCUUUAAAAAAAAUCAUUUUACCUUCUCAGCUUACCUUGAGCCACUGCUGGAUUCACUGAAGGGCUACACAAAGUUUUCUGUAGCUUCACAGGUAAGUGAACAGAAAUGAAAAGCCAUAAAUAUUAAUUACCAGUAAAUUUCAUAUUUUCACCUUUAUAAGCCUCACAAAUUCUAUUAACUACUUAAAUGAUUUUUCCAGUUUCCCAUAAAAUUGAAUUAAAAUUAGCAGAUCUUGAGUUGAAAAAACCCCCCAAUUAUUACAGUGUGACUUGAAUGGGCUAAAUAAUCAUCACAUAAUCAUCAACUACUGAAGUUAGUAAAUGAAUAUAUGAAAAUGUAAUUUACAUUUCCUGGAAAUUACAUGGUAAUUUUAUCACUGCUUUCCAGAUUCUGUAUUUCAUUAGCCUGGGAGGCAAGCCAAAGAAGGGAGACAACUUUUACUACUAUUCUGAACAGGAUUUACCUCAUGUUAUCAAUCCUUUGGAAUCCAAACUUGGUAAUUGUUACUUACAACUCAGGAGGGGUGUAAAUGAUUUUAAACAAAAUGAAUGGCAAUUAAACAAAAAUUACACUUAAAAAAAUAAUAAUUUUUUUAAUACUUAAAAUGAAGCUUAAUAACAUUGGUUAUUGUGGCUAAGCUUUUAAAUUUGUUUCCGUCUAAAUUUUUCCAUCUCCAGCUAAUUAAGGAAAAUAUUUCUCUCAAAAGUUUUAAAUAUUUUGAAUUAAAAUGAUUAAAUGAAAAUAGUGUAGAGGGAGGAAUUUUUAAUCUCUUGGUUCUAUCUUUUUGUAGCACUCAGCAUAGUAUAAAAGUCAAGACAUUUUUUCCAUCCUGUCUGAUGAAAGCGUAAAAUAAGAAAAGCAUAUUGCCAGUGUUGGUUAUAAUUUUCACUAAUUUUGGGAAGAAAAAGAGUUAUUUCAAUAACUUGUUCUGAAAUCUAAAAAGCAAACCAGGAUCUUUUACAUUACAGGUUCUCAUGCCUCCAACAAUCCAGGCCUCAAUUAUGUGGUAGGUGUCCCCCUCAAGUCAAGGAGUCCACUGUACAUCCUCAACAACAAAGGUAGCAAACCUGAAUCUCAUUUUGUGUGGUAGUGUUACCUUUUUAUAAAAUUUAAUUUAAAAAGAAUUUUAAAAUAAAAUUUUUUAAAAACCUUAUUAUCAAUUGUUAACUUUUAGAAAGCAAGAUUUAACUGAAUGUAUCAAAAGUUUGCCAAAUAAAGAAAAUAAUUAGGUCAAGAUAAUGGUCCAAACUUGAUUAGCUUGAGAGAGCAAAAUCACACUGUAUCGAGGCUCAAAGUGUAACAUUACAACCAGUAUAAAGCAAGAACUAAGUAAUAUAUAAACAUCUUAGUAUAUAGCAAGAACUAAGAAAUAUAAUAUUUUGCAUCUGGUAUUUAGCAAGAACCAUUACCAUAUAUGUUUAUGUACUUUUGUACCUAAUGCAGGUGAACGUGUACCCAGCAAUUCCUUCAUUAGUCCACGCUGGGGUGGUAUCCUGAUCUACAACAUUGAAGGUGAGGGUGCCAAUGUCUCCACACCACAGACUGGCCCGAUCAGCUUAGACAUGCAUAAGAUCAUGGAGGUCUUUGUCACACAGACAAGACUUUUGUUGAACAUACAUCAUCAGGUAAUGCAGCUUUCAUAGCACGAUUGUCAGUCAUUAAUGGGAAAAAAUACUUUAUUAUCUAAACAUAUGGAAGGAGUAAAUAAGCGUAAAUAAUUAUGUGUUUCAGUGAUGCAGAAAAAAAAAGUAUUGAAGAUUAACUGAAUUAUCUUUAAAAAUCCUUUUUGGCUGCUUACGUAGAGUUAUCAGCCUUUUACUUAAAAAUGUAUGAGCAUGAGAGAGAACAGAACUAAGCAGAUUGAAAUAAUAAUUAUUUCUAGAAAAACUAAUAUUGAAAAGAGCAAUUUGUGUGCGCUGCUUGCUAUUGGUAAUUACAUUUUGAAGACACUUUGAUGCCACAUACUUAUUUGGUAGUUUAGUCCAUAUGCACUCAGUAAGCUAAUAUCAGUCAAGUCCUUGGACACUCGGUAAACAUAUACCAGUACAGCCCUUGGGAACUCUGUAAAAAAAAUAUCAGUACAACCCUCGGGCUCUUGGUAAACAAGUAUCAGCACAGAUUUGGCAAACAGAUUAUAUUCUCUGGGAGUUCACUGUAUUAGAAAAAAAGUGAUAUCCCUCUAACAUAAGUUGACUGUCCACAGUGGAUGACAAAAGAAAUCGAAGUCUUGCCUACUGGCAGCUCGCGGCUACACCAGUGGGAAAUCGCCGGCUGGCUGAGGUGUCGCUGCGUCGAGAACUUGGUUACGGCAACAACGACGCUGCAGUCCCUGGCCCAGCUGUUGGAGGAGAUCAAAAACAUAGUCAUCAAUGAUGAAAUUGGCAAAGAGGUAAAUAAUGGAUUGGGUUUUGAUUUUUUUUUUAAAGUUCCGCGAUCUCACGUUUCUGAGAAAUGGAAAACAGGUCAGCAGGAGGCCAAAAGUCUUAAAUGACCUAGCUCUAGAUCCUCUGCAUUUUUGUAAUAGGAUUGUGUUGCAGAAUGUGUGGAAGAAGUUGGACCCUCAUUUUACAAAAAUUGCGCUGUUUUAAUGGUACUGAGUUAUGCAGGGCUGCUCCUCUCUAUGAGUUGGUGUUUGGGAUUCCCAGUGGUUAGGUCAUACACACAUCAAUACUGAUGUUAUAUAGGUAUAUAGAUGAUCAAAAUCAACUCCGGGUAUGUAAAACUGCCAGUGAUCUUGUCUUACUGCUAACUCUGUUCCUGUCCAUCUCUGCAGCAUGGAAACAAAAGCCAACAAGACAAACAAUGUUUCCAAAUUUGACUUUUUUUAAAUCUUGGUUUGUUGAGUUGCCUUUCCUACCCCCAUUAGUUUCAAUGAUAAAAUUUGGUCAUGAACUUUCUGAAUAUAUUAUCAAGCUCAUGGAACUUAUAAUCUCUCUAACUUCUCUCUCCCCCCCCUCGUUUGAGGGCACCCACCUUUACUACGUUCCCACCCUGUAACGUGCUGAUAUAUCAGAUGUCCCCAACUAAUUGAACAUUGUUACCCGCUUGUACCUUGAUCAUUUACACACCGCUCACCACCCUGGUCGCUGCCCCCCCCCCGGUGAUCUUUUAAAACCACCCUCUUUAAGUGGGUGAGAUACUUUGUUUUUUUUCCAUUGUCGUUGUGCGCAAUCCCUCAAGUUGUGAAAUGGGAAGUGACAUGUUUUUACUACAUUGGCAGGUGGAGUCAGCUGUUGCCUCAAUCAAGGAAAGCAAACUCUUGCUCAGAAAUGGGAAACUGGAGGAAGCUUUUCUUGCUUCCAAGGCUGCAGUGGACGCCUCAGAGCUGGCUUUCUUCCACCCGUCGUUGCUGGAGCUCUUGUACUUUCCUGAGGACCAAAAGUAAGUUUUAAAUCGGUGAUAAUUUUUUGCACUAUCACUCCUUAUUUUAUGUUUUUAACAGAGUUGUAUCAACCAAAGCCUUUUGCCUAGACCUUCUGCGGCCACUGCUUUAUCAAAAAGUGCAUUUUUUAAAUUGAUAUUUACCAGGCGCUGUAAAAGCUACAUUAUCUUGACUAAAAGCAAUGAACAAGAAAUUGUACACAAACUCUUCAUUACUUCCUACAUACCGUUUGUGACAAUUAGUCUCACACAGAAAUACUUUUCAUCACUUGUCUUGUCAUACUCAUAUAUUUUCUUACUCAGUUAAUCACUUUACAAUAGUUAACCACACAGUCUACACCUGUGUCUUCUUGUUGUUGUUGUUGUUGUUGAUUGUUUCACUUUGCCAUAAAUAUGUCAUAUUUUUUUUUUAAAUCUUCUUUUCAUGCAAUUCUGACUCAUAAAUAGUUUGCUAUUGUAAUGUUAAAUUUUCUUGGGCCUAAGCAUAUAGUAGCUAUUGUAAUGUUAAGUUUUCUUGGGCUUAAGCAUAUAGUAGCUAUUGUAAUGUUAAGUUUUCUUGGGCCUAAGCAUAUAGUAGCUAUUGUAAUGUUAAGUUUUCUUGGGCCUAAGCAUAUAGUAUGCUAUUGUAAUGUUAAGUUGCUUGGGCCUAAGCAUAUAUUUUGCUAUUGUAAUGAUAAGUUUUCUUGGGCCUAAGCAUAUAUUAUGCUAUUGUAAUGUUAAGUUUUCUUGGGCCUAAGCAUAUAGUAGCUAUUGUAAUGUUACGUUUUCUUGGGCCUAAGCAUAUAGUAGCUAUUGUAAUGUUAAGUUUUCUUGGGCCUAAGCAUAUAGUAUGCUAUUGUAAUGUUAAGUUGCUUGGGCCUAAGCAUAUAUUUUGCUAUUGUAAUGAUAAGUUUUCUUAGGCCUAAGCGUAAUUGCAAGCUAAAUGAAUAUCUUUGCUUCUGACUACCUUUUUUAUCUGAAAAAUAAAUAGGAUAUGCCAGUUGCAUUUACUAAUAGAUAUUGACGUUAAAUUUUCUCAUACUGUUAUUCAAAGGUCAACCACUAUUUUAUAUGAUAAUUAAGAAUGUUUUUUGUUUUUGUUUUUAAAGAAAAGGUCCACAGAAGGUGCCAAUUUACUUUUUAGAAACCCUACUUCUCAUUACUUUAUACAGCUGUAAUGACAUGUCUUCAUGUGUGUGAACAUCUCUCUUCCUAGGUUCGCCAUCUACAUUCCACUGUUUCUGCCAAUCAGCCUGCCAGUAUUAACAUCCAUGUUCAAUGCUAUCAAAUGGUUCAGGCAACGCAGGAAGGUCAAAGUUGAAUAAACUUUUUCUUUUGUUUUUAUGAUAUAUUUAUAAUUGUUAUAGUAUUUUUUUAUUUUUUUUUACAUCUCAAAGUUGUACAUUUUUUUGUGAGUUUUAGUUUGCUUUACUUGCUAAAGAAAUCAGCCCACCAAGUUGUUGUUGCCAGUUGUGCUUGAUGCCUGUCCUACUUCUCAUUCAGUGUGAUCUGUUAAUGUUUGAGCUUCAAUGUACAGGACUGACAAGAAAUAUAUGCAUUGUGUAAUAUGAUCAAAACUUUCCCAACCUGAGAACGUGCUCUGCUGUUGUAUCAAAGUGAUGAGGCUGAUGUUGUAUGACUUACAGAAGUUAAAAUAAUUUGAUAUGAGCAAUUAGCGUGUGCUCUUGUCUUCUUAUAACAUGCAUUUCUUUUACUGUCAUGGUAGUUUAAAAAAGAAAUUCCGAUUCAUAAUUUAAUAAAAAAAUGAUUUUUUUCAGUGCAAGUUAGUUUUAACAAUUUUGUGUUGUUUCCCUUUGAUUUGUAUUCCAAUAUGCCACUUAGAUUUGUUCAUUGUCUCUAGCUAAAUGAAAAUGUAUUUUCACAUUGUCUCCACCUCCACCCACUGCCCCAAAUUAAUGUUUUAUUUGGUUUGGAAGUGUUAGGUUAUGUUUAUUGUCCACCUCCACCCACUGCCCCAAAUUAAUGUUUUAUUUGGUUUGGAAGUGUUAGGUUAUGUUUAUUGUCCACCUGCACCCACUGCCCCAAAUUAAUGUUUUAUUUGGUUUGGAAGUGUUAGGUUAUGUUUAUUGUCCACCUGCACCCACUGCCCCAAAUUAAUGUUUUAUUUGGUUUGGAAGUGUUAGGUUAUGUUUAUUGAUGAUCAGUUGGGAAAAAAAUAAAAAUUCCAAUUAAAACCAAACACUGGAGGUAUGUUUUUAACUGUGAAGUUUGUAUUUUGAUUUGAGUGAACAUGCAUUACAAACAAAGUGCAAACAACAGCGUCAAUGUAGACAUUGUAGGUUCAUUUUCAGAAAUAAACAUCAACCAACAACACCCCCCCCCCCCAAAACCCAACCCUCCCGCACACAUUUCUAUUAUAUCUAUGAUGAUCGAGGAUCAUCCUCUCAAUGCCAGUCAGCCAGUCAGUGUUGCAAGCUGAGAGCACAGUUUCUCUAUACCGAUGGCUGAAGCUUAUCAAAUCCUAUUUACUGAUUCCUAUUUACUUACGCUUGACCAAGGAAACAGGGGAUGCUUUGUUGAUUAUCAAUGAUGUCUCCAUUGAACAUGAACCAAGUGCUGAGAUUUAUAACACUUAAUUAAUCGAAGUUGUCUCCAGAC